AUGGCCAAAUCUGUUGGUUAUGUAAACCUUGUAAUGAGUCAAGGGCCAGUUCAUCUUGACUCCUGCGAACCUCUUCUCUUUACCGGCCAAAGUUCUGGUGUGUCUACUGUCAAAGAGAGGAGAAAAUGGUCACCGAAGGAGGAUUUAAUCCUCAUCAGUGCCUUCUGGAACGGGAUUGUAGAGUACUACAACUCCAGUCCUCAACUAGUUGGGACAAGCCCACGAGAACUUGGGCCAUGCAAGCAAAGAUGGGCUAGGAUCAACGAGGGAGUUUGCAAGUUUGCUGGCUGUUACGACAUGGCACUGAGGGAGCAGAGAAGCGGGCAAAAUGAGAACGAUGUGAUGAAGUCUGCCUUGGAUAUCUUUGCCAAUGACCAGGGAUCGAAGUUCAACUUCGAACAUGCGUGGAGGGAGCUUCGGCAUGAUGUGAAAUGGUGCUCUACCUAUCUGGAGAAGGACGAGCGCAAACCAGCGGAUUCCCAAGGCGACGGUGAAGGGGCAGUGCCAGAGCCAGAGCCAGAAGAGCGGCCAAUAGGGGUUAAGGCUGCGAAGGUGAAGUACAAGACCAUGUGCUUGUUGAAGACAGAAGCUGGUAUCAAGUCACGGACGAGCUUCCCACCUUCAUCUAGACGAGCUUUCCACUUUCAUCUCCAUCAGCAGUUCCCACCAUCUCGACGAGCAAGUGCCAGACCAUACAUAACGCCUAAUUGCUAUGGACAAUGUAUGAUGACUGUCAUUGAACUUUGA